AUGUAUGAUUCAAGCGGGUUUCCCAUGAUUGAUCAGGCUGUCAAAAUCAUACAAGUGAAUGAGAACAAACUUGUGAUUGCAGCUGCGAUUGUACCUUUUUCUAUUGCUGGUACCUUAAUUCGUAUUGGGCUCAAUCGUCUACAAGAUUACUUGGGAGCACCUGUGUUCAGUUUAGUUUAUGCACAAUGGAUGGGUUGCUUUAUUAUGGGUAUUGCCAUUAAAAACAAAAACUUUUUAUUACAAUGGUAUCAGCCAUUUCAUCCUGCCAUCACUUCAGGCCUUUGUGGAUCUAUCACUACAUUCUCUUCCUGGCAACUCGGUAUUUUUCAAGCAUUUUCCAACUAUCAUGCUUAUCCACAUACACGCGGGAAAAAUGUGUUGGCAGGAUUGUCUGUAUUCCUAGUGACCUUGGCCAUGGCUAUUAAUGGCCUUGUCUUUGGACAGCAUGUAGGUGAAUUCGUGUCCAGUCGAUAUCAUGCAACAGCGGUUGAACCAGUACCCCGAGGUUUUUCAUUUGCUUACCUAAAGAAAAGAGAUUAUUUGACCCUACUGUUCGGCAUAUUAUGUUGGGUGGGUGUUAUUUUAGCAGCUAUUUUUACACAACAUCAAAAAGAAGUAGCACUUGCAUGCGUAUUUGCUCCUCUAGGUGCUUUGACCCGAUGGUAUCUCUCGUUUUAUAAUAACAAGCUGCCGCAUUUUCCUCUAGGCACAUGGGUGGCAAACGUAUUUGGUACGAUGAUACUUGCUACUUUAUCACUAGUACAGUCAGGUCCAUCCAUAAGUAUGAUUUCAUGUAGUGUGAUUGGAGCAUUGGGUGAUGGUUAUUGUGGUUGUCUAACCACGAUUUCUACAUUUGUGGUUGAGUUGUGUAUGUUACCAAGGAAAUUUAGUUAUCUGUAUGGCACCAUUUCUGUCGUCAUUGCUCAGUGUACAAUGUUUGUCAUUUUAGAUUCUUAUAUUUAG